AUGUCCAGACCUCUUGUAUUCAUAACCGGCGCAAGCGGCUUUAUUGGGUCGCAUGUUGUUGCUGAGACUCUUCGCGCUGGGUAUCGUGUGCGUCUAAGCAUUCGAAAAGCGGAACAAGAGCCGAUUCUGCGUGUUCGGUACGCCGAUUUCAAUGAUUAUAUCGAAACCAUUGUCAUUCCAGAUCUCUCCUGCAAACAGUCCUACAACGAAGGUCUUCAAGGAGUGGAUCAUGUUUUCCAUCUUGCCUCGCCAAUGCCUGGAAAAGGAUCUGAUGUGAAGAAAGACUACGUGAACCCCGCGGUGAUAGGAACUGAGUCAGUUCUUUCGGCUGCUCUAGAUUUUCCACAGAUCAAGAAGAUCGUUGUUAUGUCUUCAGUUCUGGCGCUGGCCCCUGUGGAUGCUCUUAUCGCGCCCUCCGUCUCCGUUCAAGAUAACUCCGGAGAGGUGAUUCCAGUUGAUUUAGAGGCAGCUUUUCCUGAUGGAUUCCUCGGUCACGCACUGAAGUAUUCUGCGUCCAAGAUUCUGGCACACCAGGCAACCCGUGACUUUCUGAAGAAGAAUCAUCCCCAUUAUACCCUUGUCACAUUCCAUCCAACUUUUGUGUUGGGACCUAGCCUCGUUCAAAAUACCGCUGAAGAAAUCAGUGGUAUGAACGCUCUCUUCUGGAGCUCGCUUCAACUUGAGAAACCGCGAAUCGCCAACGCUUGGGUGCAUGUUCGUGACGUGGCCGAUGCACACAUUAAGGCCUUAGAAGCAGAUGUCAGGACUGGCCAAGAGUUCAUCCUUUCUCGGCCUGUUGUAUCAUGGGAGAAGGUGACAGCAUUUGUGAAAGAUCACUAUCCUGCACUCGGCUGCAAGCUGGAGCCACCCUUUACACCGGGUUGGACUAUUUCCACCACUUCUGCACAUUGUAUUCUGGGGAUGAAAUGGAGGACCGAAGAAACUAUUAUGCAGGAUGUUAUCAACCAGCAGCUAGGUUUUAAAUAA